GACUACAGGGAAAUUUUACUCGAGAUGGGAAAGGGGUGUAAAGUCGUGGUGUGUGGCCAUGCAGCUGUAGGAAAAACUGCCAUUGUGGAACAGCUGCUGUACGGAAACCACAGAGUAGGUUCCGAGUCCAGUGAGACCCUGGAGGACGUGUACGUGGCCUCUGUGGAAACUGACCGAGGCCUGAAAGAGCAGCUGAGACUCUAUGACACCAAAGGCCUUCAUGAAGGACAAGACCUCCCCAAGCACUACUACUCUGUGGCAGACGGCUUUGUCCUGGUUUACAGUGUGGACAGCUUGGAGUCCUUCAAGAGAGUGGAUGUUCUCAAGAAGGAAAUAGACAAGUCCAGGGACAAGAAGGAGGUAACUGUCAUAGUGCUGGGGAACAAAAGCGACCUGCAGGAGUGUCGUCAGGUGGACCAGGAGGUGGCGCAGCAGUGGGCCCGGGGAGAGAAGGUGAAGCUGUGGGAGGUGAGCGUUGCAGAACGCAGCUCGCUCAUUGAACCUUUCACUCAUCUGACCAGCCGCCUCACGCAGCCCCAAAGCAAGUCGUCUUUCCCUCUGCCUGGACGCAAAAGCAAAGGAACGACAUCCAAUGACAUGUGA